ACAGAAAAACUGAAAUUCUUUAAAUUAUAAGUUACACUUUAGCUCCUUUUUGAAAAUAUAGUGGUUAUAAGUUCAUAGCUUAAACAAUAUAGACAAUAUCAGUGAAACAAACAAAAGCAACACAUGGAUAUUUGAGUGAAGUGGCCGCCAGCAGCAGUACUAGGGCUUCAACAUGAAUUACGGCCGCAAGACUCCUUCGACUUACAGGUCAAAUCCUUCUGUUUACUCGCACACAACAGGAAGAUCUUCGACCAAUUUACAUACCACAAAAUCUCGUUCCACCCGCUCGGUGCGUAUUCCAUGGUACCAGAAGCCAAUUUUGAAGAACAAUCAAUACAUUGAUAUUCAAAAGAAUGCUAUGAUGAUUGGCCUAUUUGCCAUAUUCUUGGCCUUAUUCACCAUGGGUACAGCUAUAUUCGAUAUCUAUUGCUUAGCCAUGGCAGCUCCUGGUUCUACACAUUAUGGCUACUACAUUAUUUCCUAUGAGUUUGUCUAUGUGGGAAAUAAGCAUGUCCGCAAUAUGUUGAUGGUGUUUGCAUUGUUCUCCUUAGUAAUGGGUCUCAUCAUAUUUUGCACAAGCAUACUUUUGGUCAUUGCUUUAAGAAAGGAAUAUGAACGCAAAGUUUUGCCCUGGCUGUGGACUUUUGCGGUAUUUACCGUAUGGAGAUUAUUGGCCUUGUUGUUCUUUGCCAUUGUCAAUGAUUUGUACUUUGCCUACAAUGCCGUUAUGGUGUUCCUGUGGUCCGUUUUCAUAUUGAUAUGCGUUUAUGGCUGGGCCUGUGUAUACUCCCUGUUCCUGGAAUUGGUGGAUUUGACCAAACUGGAAGAUUUGGCUCAUUUAAGGAUGGGCACCAUGGCCUCUUUGCAUGCCUCCACUGCCAAUUCUUUGGCUGGUUCUCGCCCCACCACACCACAUAGUACUGUCUCAACAAUGCCUGUUGGUUAAAAGCCGCACUAUUCACAUUCCCGUUCAAACAAACACAAAAUUUUCUAAGUCUUUAAGAAGAAUCUUUUUUUACUUUUUACCACACUUACUCCUAAUUGAUCCUUCCAGGAAAUUUGUUUAAAAUUUUGUAAUCUCAGCUUGGUAGUGUUGUGGUUGCUUGCAUACCAUUUUAGUGUAUGUCAUUUAUCUUAAGUGCCUUAGACAGUUUUUUUUUUUGGUAGAUGACAAUUUUGUAGUAUUUUUUUUCUAUGAGCAAAUGCAGCCCACAAUUGUUGUUUUUAAGACACACUUUUCUUUACAAAAAAUUUUAAAAGUUUUUAUAAACAUUAUUACACCACUUAUAUAUACGUUAGAUGCAUAGAUUUUUCUACUUGCAAGCCCAUCUUAUAUUUAGUACAUUAAGCUACAAAUGAAACAUUCCCGUCCAUAUUUAAUUGUAUUAUGUGUAAUCAACGAAAAAUGUUUUAAGUGUUCUUAUAUACAAAACGCGAAUAAUUUUUUUUUUAAAUGUUGAACAUAUCAAUAAAAAUUUUUUACCUAUGUAUAUAUUAGGUAACAUCACGUAGAA